GCAUUGGAUCGAGCAAAAUCCCCCUGAAGAACACCGACUUCACAGUGUGCACACACGCACACUCCCAAAUUUCAUACCUCCAGAUUCCUAUAUUUGUAUGUGAAUACAAAUAUUCCAGUCUUGCUUUUUUGCUAUAAUAAUAAUAAUUCUAUUCUUUCCUGUAAAUCUCUACUCUCCAAUAAUUCAUCCACUUCCAUUCCUCAAGACCUAAAUUCAGCCCCAAUAUUCAGAAUUCAAAACUAUCACCCGCCCACUCUACAAUUAUAUUGUCAUUCAAGACUCAUCAUUUCUAAUUGCAUCCAUACACCUACAAUUUAAGUUUUCAGUACUUUCUGUGUAUGGCAACUUCAGCUAACGCAGCUUCCACUAAAUGUUACUCAGGCAUCUUACGGCGGUUGCUGUGCAGCGGCAGCUUGCCAACGCACCCAUCGGAUCAAUUGGUCGAGUCCAGUACCAGAGAAACUGGUGAUCAAAAGGCUGAAAAAUCUUUGACACCUGUGGAAAAUGUGAAACAGGCUGCAGUAUCAAGUCCAGGAGUUGUGGCAAGACUGAUGGGCUUGGACUCAUUACCCAACACCCCUUUAGCUCCCAAGGAAGCAACAUUGGGUUCUUUCUUCAGAAGCAGGUCUGUGAAUUCCAUUGAUUUUCUCUCACAUUUUGAUCCCAUAAGAAAAGGGCAUCAUCAGCACAGGAGAGUCCGAACAUCGGUUUCGUUUUGUGACGGAAGGGAUGAUGAAACUACUAGUGUAGUUCUAUACUUGGAGGAAGUAGAUGAAACUGCAGAAUACCAACAAGAGCUGGUCAUCAGGAGAAGGCCUAAUGUGAAUUGUCAGAAAGGGAAAAAGACUGAAAAAGUUUUGCAUGAGAAAAGAGUUGCUAAAAAGCCCAGUAAAAAGCUGGAGAUGGAGGAAGAGAGACGGUCAGUUGGAAAAGCGACAACAUCUCAGAAGAAGGAAAUUCAGGGGAGGAAAAGGCUAAGUUCGGAGGAAAGAAGGCCAAUUUUCAAGUCAGUGAACAAUUCUAAGGAAGAAUUGAUGGGAUCAAAGUGUAUGAAGAAGAGAAAGAACAAGAUGCAUUCUGGAUGUAGUCUGAAGAAAGUGCAUCCUGAAGGCUCUGUACCAGCCCGAAAAGUGCGUUCAAGGAAACAUCAGCCAUCCCAAGUUGCCAACUCUGAGAGUCCAUAUUCAAGUAGUGCACAUUCUGAUGAUGGUGAGGUCAGAGCUAUUAUUACAGGGAAAAAUCCAAGGAAAGUGAGUAACAAAGAAAGUUGUUAUUACAAAAGAAUGGUGGAAGAAAUCUGUAGUCCAACAGACGACAAUGUGAAAGAGAAUUGGAUGCAUGGGGUGAUGAUGAAGUUUGAAGAUUUUGAGGAGAUAUGCCAACAGUUUGGACAAGAAAUUCUUGAACUCUUGUUAGAACAGUUGGUCGACGAGCUUCUGCUACUUUACAGUUGUUACCUCUAAUUCUCUAGUAGCACUAGGAAUAUGUGCUCAAAUGAAGAUGAAAGUCAAGACAGAGAAACCCUGUAGUAUAAUUCAUUCAUAUCACUCGAAAACUUGGCUUCAUCUAAUAAUUAUCCACAUUCGUCUACUUCCCUUGUAAUUCUUAAUUGUUGGAAUAUGAUUAACUGGAUAGAACUCAA